AUGGAGCUCGGCCUCGACUGCCUUCGCGCACCAGGUGAAAAGGUUGCCAGCCUCCAGGAGGAGGCGGGCCGGAGCGAUUUCCGGUUGUUAGUGAAGCGCUCCGGAAGCGCCCGCAAACUGGCGGAAGGCGCGGGAGCCCCUGGGACGCCAACUCCCGGGCGGGAUGAAAGCGCCCCGCCGCCGCCCCUUCCUAAGCCCAUCAUGGACGCAGCGCAGCGCAAGGCUGGAAAAACAAAGGACGGGGACUGGGAUUUGCCUCUCUUCUUCAUUCUCUUCACAAUGAAUACCAAGAAAGUUCACCGUGCCAUGCCCAAGGUAGUCAACUCUAGUCAGAACUGCGCAGAUGAUGACGUUCAAUUAUUUGAACGGGGGUCUUUAGAAACUGUAGUGGGUUCCGUAUCACUCACUCUGAACAACAUUUCUGUGGGUGAUGAGGGAGAUAGGCUUCUGGUAGGUGAGGAAAGGACAGAACAUUAUCAGAAUGGCCUUCAAGAAGUGAAGUGUGAAUAUGUGCAGUCAUCUAAUGCAAUAGGAGAGCCAGUCAAUGAAAAGAGUAGGGAGGCUUUUGAAGUCUUGGCUAAAGGUGAGCUUCGGAAAGCAGUUCAGUUGUUCACAAAAGCCAUUGAACUGAAUCCACAUCUUCCCAAUUCAUACAUAAACCGGGCCGAUGUCUCCAUGCAGCUAGGAGAGCUACACGCUGCCAUUAAAGACUGUGACACGGCCAUUCGACUUAAUCCCAAGUCAUCGGAGCCAUUCAAAUUGCGAGGGAGAGCACUCCAGAAGUUGGGGCAUUUGAGAGAGGCAGCCUGCGACCUUGCUCUGGCAUACAAAUUGGAUUACCAUGAAGAAGCCAACACUGUGCUAAAAAGACUGAAGGUGGGGUUUCAAAGGGUUUCUGAGAAACAGGCAGAGUGUACCACUCGAAGACUUAAGGAGCCCAAGAUACUGGAGAUGGUGGGGGAGGUACAAGCAACUUCAGAGGAUCAAGGGAAAAGCUGGGGAGAGGAAGCCUCUAGCACGCUUUUGAAAAAUGAAACAGAGGAGAUAAUCAAAUUAGAUCAUGCUGAUUAUUCCCAAGAGAUGAUACAUGAAAAUAUGGAGAUAGCAGCUGAGGUGUGGAAGCAGGCCAGUGAAAAAAAGAAGGAGGCCCUUGCUGCAGUGGAGAAAGGUGAACUGCAAAGAGCCGUUAUCCUGUUUACUAAAGCUAUCAGAUUAAACCCCCGGCUCACCAACUUGUAUGUCAGCCGAGCCAAAGUUUUCCUGCAGUUGCGUAUGGCCAAUGCUGCCAUAAGAGACUGUAACCAAGCUAUAUGCAUAAACCCUUACUCAGCAUUGUCAUAUAAAUGUCGUGGGGCAGCAUAUCAUUUCCUAAGAUACUGGCCGGAAGCUGCUAAAGAUCUGGCUUUGGCCUGUCAGUUAGAUUAUGAUGAAAAUACCUAUGCAAUGCUAAAGGAGGUACAAGCCGAGGCCCACAAAAGCAGUCAGAUAACUGCGCCUGAAAAUGAUGUAGCAUCUCAAGUACAGGAACCAAGAAUUCAGGAAGGAACUAAGCAAAAAGGUAUUGAUAAAUCUGAGAGUGAGGAAAGUGAUUUGGAUAUUGAUACUUUAGAGGUGGUGGAACCAGAUGAAGAUGCUUCUCAAGAGAUGGGAGACGAAAGGCUGAAAGUGACAGAAGAAAUGCGGAAACUGGCCUGUGAAAAGAAGAGAGAGGCCUUUGAUGCAGUCAAUAAGGGUGAACUUUUAAGAGCAAUAGAACUUUUCACUGAAGCCAUUCAACUCAAUCCACAUCUUGCCAUCUUAUAUGCCAACAGAGCCAGUGUCUUUCUGAAGCUUCAGAAGCCCAAUGCUGCCAUCAGAGACUGUGAUAAAGCCAUACAGAUCAACCCUGACUCUGCACAGCCCUAUAAGUGGAGAGGCAAAGCAUUGCUGCUACUUGGUUGCUGGCAGAAGGCUACAAAGGACCUUGCCGUAGCCUGUCAGCUGGAUUACGAUGAAGAAUCAUAUGCCUUGUUACAGGAGGUCGAACCAAAGGCUCUGAAAAUUGCCAGAUACUGGAGGAAGCAUGAGCAGAAACAGGAGGAAAGAAAGUACAACGAGCUACUGGAUGAAAUUCAGAAACCUCAUGAAAAACUUGAGAGAGCUCAAAGUACCCAAGCAGAGUUGGGAAGUCAUUGCAACAGAACUAUGGAAUAUCCGAGGACUGUUUGGAAAGAAAGCAUAAAAGAACAACAAGAGAUCAGAAAGGCAGUACAAAAGAAACAGGAGAGCGUGCCCCAGAAAAAGUGGGAGAGAGGACUGCAAGAAGGGAUGGUACAGCAGUGGAGAUCUUAUGAAGAGACUGAAGAUCGAGGAAGCUUUCAACAAAAAAUAUGGCAAGAACAAGAGAAUCCUCGACCCAAGGAACUGAAAAACCAUGGACUGGUCCAUCAGAUAGAGUUGGAGGAACAGUUGAGAGCACUUCAGGAGGAGCUGGAGGAAAAGCUGAGAGCUCAGGAAGAUGAACUGGCUCUAGAGGAGAAGGUUUUACAGGCAAUAUUAGAAGCACAGCAAAGAUCACAGCAGAAGGUUUGUAAAGAUGAAGAAGAAGCCUACAAAAAGCUCAUAGAAGAACAAGAGAGAGCUCACAAAACGGCUAUAGAGGAACUGGCAAUAGUUCAGCAACAGGCUCUGGAAGAGUUGGCAGCAGCUCAGAAAAAAGCCUUGGAGGACCAGGAGAGAGUUCAGCAGCAGGCACUGGAGGAACAGGAGAGAGCUCAGAAAGCUCUGGAAAAUCUGGAAAGACAGGCAAUGGAUGAACAGGAAAAAGCUCAAAUGGCAAGCAGGAAAGAACAGGAGCAAGCACAGAAAAAAUCUCUAGAAGAAAACAGGAAAAUUGAGAUAGCCCUGGAAGAACUUUCAAAGACUCAGAGAAAGGCCUUGGAAGAACAAGAAAAAGCUGAGAAGAAAGCAUUGAAAGAAUUGCAGCUUGUUCAAAAGGCACAGGAAGAGCUUUCAGAAAUUCAGAGAAAAAUCCUACAAGAACAGGAAAGAGCUGAGAAGGCAACACAAGAACGAGAGAUGGUCGAGACGGCGCUGGAAGAAUUUUCAAAGAAUCAUAGGGUGAUCCUAGAAGAACUUGAAAGGGCUGAGAAGAAAGCAAAGGAUAAAAGAAAGAUAGCUGAAGCAGACCUAGAGGAACUUACAAAGAUUCAGAGACAGAUUCUAGAUGAAAAAGAAGAAGCUGAAAAGAAAGUAGUGACUGAAAUACAGAGAGCUCAAAAAGCCAAGGAAGAACUUUCAGAAAUUCAAUUAAAAGUCCUUGAAGAACAGGAAAAGGCUAAGAAAGCAAUGAAGGAACGAAAAAUGGCUGAGGCAGCCCUGGAAGAGCUUUCAAAGAUUCACAGGAACGUCCUAGAAGAAGAGGAAAGAGCUGAGAAAGCAAGGCAAGAAAGAAAGAUAGCUGAGAUAGCCCUGGAAGAGCUUUCAAAGAGUCAUAGAAAGGUCCUAGAAGAGCAGGAAAGGGCUGAGAAGGAAGCAAAAGAUAGAAUAAAGAUGGCCAAAGCAGACCUUGAGGAACUUGCAAAGAUUCAAAGAAAGAUCCUAGAUGAACAAGAAGAAGCCAAAAAGAAAGCAGCCCUGGAAGAGCUUUCAAAGACUCAUAGGAAGGUCCUAGAAGAGCAGGAAAGGGCUGAGAAGGAAGCAAAGGAUAGAAUAAAGAUGGCCGAAGCAGACCUGGGAGAACUUGCAAAGAUUCAAAGAAAGAUCCUAGAUGAACAAGAAGAAGCCGAAAAGAAAGCAAUAAUUGAAAUACAGAACGUUCAAAUAGCCAAGGAAGAACUUUCAGAAAUUCAGAUGAAAGUCCUUGAAGAUCAGGAAAGAGCUGAGAAAGCAAUGCAAGAACGAGAAAUGGCCGAGGCAGCCCUGGAAGAGCUUUCAAAGACUCAUAGGAAGGUCCUAGAAGAGCUGGAAAGGGCUGAGAAGGAAGCAAACGAUAGAAUAAAGAUGGCCGAAGCAGACCUGGGAGAACUUGCAAAGAUUCAAAGAAAGAUCCUAGAUGAACAAGAAGAAGCCGAAAAGAAAGCAAUAAUUGAAAUACAGAAAGUUCAAAAAGCCAAGGAAGAACUUUCAGAAAUUCAGAUGAAAGUUCUUGAAGAUCAGGAAAGAGCUGAGAAAGCAAUGCAAGAACGAGAAAUGGCCGAGGCAGCCCUGGAAGAGCUUUCAAAGACUCAUAGGAAGGUCCUAGAAGAGCUGGAAAGGGCUGAGAAGGAAGCAAAGGAUAGAAUAAAGAUGGCCGAAGCAGACCUGGGAGAACUUGCAAAGAUUCAAAGAAAGAUCCUAGAUGAACAAGAAGAAGCCGAAAAGAAAGCAAUAAUUGAAAUACAGAAAGUUCAAAAAGCCAAGGAAGAACUUUCAGAAAUUCAGACAAAAGCCCUUGAAGAUCAGGAAAGAGCUGAGAAAGCAAAGCAAGAACGAGAAAUGGCCGAGGCAGCCCUGGAAGAGCUUUCAAAGAGUCAUAGGAAGGUCCUAGAAGAGCAGGAAAGGGCUGAGAAGGAAGCAAAGGAUAGAAGAAAGAUGGCUGAAGCAGACCUUGAAGAACUUGCAAAGAUUCAAAGAAAGAUCCUAGAUGAACAAGAAGAAGCCGAAAAGAAAGCAAUAAUUGAAAUACAGAAAGUUCAAAUAAGUCAUAGGAAGGUCCUAGAAGAGCAGGAAAGGGCUGAGAAGGAAGCAAAGGAUAGAAUAAAGAUGGCCGAAGCAGACCUGGGAGAACUUGCAAAGAUUCAAAGAAAGAUCCUAGAUGAACAAGAAGAAGCCGAAAAGAAAGCAAUAAUUGAAAUACAAAAAGUUCAAAUAGCCAAGGAAGAACUUUCAGAAAUUCAGAUGAAAGUUCUUGAAGAUCAGGAAAGAGCUGAGAGAGCAAUGCAAGAACGAGAAAUGGCCGAGGCAGCCCUGGAAGAGCUUUCAAAGACUCAUAGGAAGGUCCUAGAAGAGCAGGAAAGGGCUGAGAAGGAAGCAAAGGAUGAACAAGAAGAAGCCGAAAAGAAAGCAAUAAUUGAAAUACAGAAAGUUCAAAUAGCCAAGGAUGAACUUUCAGAAAUUCAGAUGAAAGUUCUUGAAGAUCAGGAAAGAGCUGAGAAAGCAAAGCAAGAACGAGAAAUGGCCGAGGCAGCCCUGGAAGAGCUUUCAAAGAUUCAUAGGAAGGUCCUAGAAGAGCAGAAAAGUGCUGAGAAGGAAGCAAAGGAUAGAAGAAAGAUGGCCGAAGCAGACCUGGGAGAACUUGCAAAGAUUCAAAGAAAGAUCCUAGAUGAACAAGAAGAAGCCGAAAAGAAAGCAAUAAUUGAAAUACAGAAAGUUCAAAUAGCCAAGGAAGAACUUUCAGAAAUUCAGAUGAAAGUCCUUGAAGAUCUGGAAAGAGCUGAGAAAGCAAGGCAAGAAAGAAAGAUAGCUGAGAUAGCCCUGGAAGAGCUUUCAAAGAGUCAUAGGAAGGUCCUAGAAGAGCAGGAAAGGGUUGAGAAGGAAGCAAAGGAUAGAAGAAAGAUGGCCGAAGCAGACCUUGAAGAACUUGCAAAGAUUCAAAGAAAGAUCCUAGAUGAACAAGAAGAAGCCGAAAAGAAAGCAAUAAUUGAAAUACAGAAAGUUCAAAAAGCCAAGGAAGAACUUUCAGAAAUUCAAAUAAAGGUCCUUGACGAACAGGAAAAAGCUAAGAAAGCAAUGAAAGAACGAGAAAUGGCUGAAGCAGACCUGGAAGAGCUUGCAAAGAUUCAAAGAAAGAUCCUAGAUGAACAAGAGGAAGCUGAAAAGAAAGCAAUGAAUGAAAUACAGCGAGCUCAAAAAGCUAAGGAAGAACUUUCAGAAAUUCAAAUUAAAGUCCUUGAAGAACAAGAAAUGGCUAAAAAAGCAAUGAAAGAACGAGAAAUGGCUGAGGCAGCCCUGGAAGAGCUUUCAAAGAUUCAUAGGAAUGUCCUAGAAGAGCAGGAAAGGGCUGAGAAGAAAGCAAAGGAUAAAAGAAUGAUGGCUGAAGCAGACCUGGGAGAACUUGCAAAGAUUCAGAAAAAGAUCCUAGAUGAACAAGAGGAAGCUGAAAAGAAAGCAAUGAAUGAAAUACAGCGAGCUCAAAAAGCUAAGGAAGAACUUUCCGAAAUUCAGAUAAAGAUUCUUGAAGAGCAGGAAAAAGCUAAGAAAGUAAUGCAAGAACGAGAACUGGCUGAGGCUGCCCUGGAAGAGCUUUCAAAGAUUCAUAGGAACACCCUAGAAGAACAGGAAAGGGCUGAGAAAAAAGCAGUGGUAGAAAGAAAGAUAGCUGAGGCUGCCCUGGAAGAGCUCUCAAAAACCCAAACGAAGAUCCUAGAAGAAAAAGAAAUGCUUGAGAAGAAAGCAGUGAUAGAAAGAGAAAGAGCUCAAAAAGCCAAGGAAGAACUUAUAAAGAUUCAGGGGAAAGUCCUUGAAGAACAAGAAAAGGCUAAGAAAGAACUAAAAGAAAGGCAUAUGAUUGAAACUGCCCUAGAAGAACUUUCAAAGAUUCACAAGAAGACCUUACAAGAUCAGGAAAAGGCUGAGAAGAGAGCUUACAAAGCAGUGAAAGAAAGAGAAACAGCUGAGGCAGCCCUGAAACAACUUUCAGAGAUUAGAAGUAAAGUCUUAGAAGAACAGGAAAGAGCUGAAAAGAGAGCUAUGAAAGAGAGAGAGAAAGCAGAGAGAGCCCAAGAGGAACUGGAGUUCGCUCAGAGGAAGGCCCUGGAAGAGUUGGAGGCAACUCGGAGAAAGGCCAUGGAAGAAAAUGAAAGAGCUCAACAAAAGGCCCUAGAUGAACAAAGGAAAGCACAGUUGUCUAUGGAAGAACUGGAGAGAGCACAUACUAGAGCCAUGGAAAAACAACAGAGAAUUCAGAAGAUAGCUGUUGAAGAACAGAAGAGAGCUAAGAUGAUGCUCAGUGAACUAGAAGAAACAAAGAAAAAAGCCUUCGAGGAACAAGAGAAAGUGCAGAAAGUGGCACGAGAUGAACAACUGAGAGCUCACCAUGCUAUAGAAGAAUUGUCAAGACUUCAGAAAACAACUUUGGAGGAACAAGAGACAGCACAGAAGGCAGCCCUUGUUGAACAGCAGAGAGUGAAAAAGAUGCUAAAGGAACUGGAAGAAAAACAGAGAAAGUUUAAGGAGGAACAACAAAGGUUACAGAGGAGAUCCCGAGAGCAACAAGAGAGAGCUCAGCUAGCUAUGGAAGAACUGGAUAAAGCUCGCAAAGCUGCCCUAGAGGCUGAGAAAAGAGCUCAACUAGCCAUGGAGGAAUUGGAUUGAGCAAAAAAACUGCCCUUGGAAGAAAUGGGGACAAAUAAAAAUCCGGCGCCAACCCAGGAGCCUGUUAUAAAUAAUAAUAAUGACGAUGAUGAGGCUCACAAUAUAAUGCCAAAAACAGGUGCUAAAGAGGGCGUCCAGAAGAAAGGUCUAGAGCACAGCAUCAUUUACAAAAAGAUCUGCAUUGAACAAGGAACGAAGGAACAGCCACAUUUUAAGAAGGGCAUAGAGCUUGGGAAGAGUUCAUCGAGACCUUUAGCAAACUCUGUUCUUAACUUUCUGGAAACCGAAUGA